CUCAAUCACUCUCCCGAUAAUCGGCGAAACCGGAGCGACGCGGCGCGACGCGGUGCUAUUUUUGCCCACCACCCUGCUCCACCCAAGCACGCCACACGCACCCCACAGCUGCAUGUCUCCGCCCAAACACCGACGCAAUACUCAAGCAAUGUGUCUACCGCCGGUCGUCCAAGAUCUCGCCCUCUGGCAUGCUCUUUAUCGUCAGUACUCGCCAUAGAGGGCCCGCAAUGAUCGGAAAUGAAAGCAGCUGCGGAGGAAAAACGACGCACGUGUCGUCAUUCCCAACAAGAAUCAAUGGGAUGGAACAAAUAGUCUGUGGGUGGCUCUCCUGCAUAACCCGGCACCCCCUCUCUCCGCACCUCCCAUUUUGAACAAUGGCUGCUUCCAACACCAAUGAGACCUUUGUGGUCGACUCCGAGUCUGUCUCCUACACGGAUGACGCCAUUCUCGCCUCCUACGACUACUCGGUCACCCGCGUGACCAAGAACGAGGCCGGCAAGACUGUUGUCAAGCCCACCACCCGGACCUACGAGUUCAAGACCGAGCGUGUGGUGCCCAAGGUCGGCAUGAUGAUUGUCGGCCUCGGCGGCAACAACGGGACCACCGUCACCGCCGGCAUCCUUGCCAACCGCGAGGGCAUCUCGUGGCGCACCAAGCGCGGCAUCCAGGAGCCGAACUACUACGGUUCGGUCACCCAGGCUUCGACGCUCAAGCUUGGUGUCGAUGCCAACGGCGACGACGUGUACGUGCCGUUUGCCGAGGUCCUCCCGAUGGUCAACCCGAACGACCUCGCCAUCGGCGGCUGGGACAUCAACAACAUGAACCUCGCCGACGCCAUGGACCGUGCGCAGGUGCUCGAGUACGACCUCCAGCGCCAGCUGUACCCGCUCAUGAAGGAGAUGGUCCCGCUUCCGUCGAUCUACUUCCCCGACUUUAUCGCCGCCAACCAGUCGGACCGCGCCAACAACGUGCUCGAGGGCACCCACGAGGAGCUCGUCGAGAAGAUCCGCGCUGACAUCCGCGAGUUCAAGGCCGCCAACAACCUCGACUCGGUCAUCGUCCUCUGGUCCGCCAACACCGAGCGCUUUGCCGAGAUCCGCGAGGGCCUCAACGACACCAAGGACAACCUCAUGGCCGCCAUCGCCCGCUCCGACGCCGAGGUCUCGCCGUCCACCCUCUUUGCUGUUGCCUCGAUCCUCGAGGGCUCGCCGUACAUCAACGGCUCGCCGCAGAACACCUUUGUGCCCGGCGUCUUUGAGCUCGCCGAGGAGCACGGCGUCCACAUCGGUGGUGACGACUUCAAGUCGGGCCAGACCAAGAUGAAGUCGGUCCUCGUCGACUUCCUCGUCUCGGCCGGUAUCAAGCCGACCUCCAUCGUCUCGUACAACCACCUCGGCAACAACGACGGCAAGAACCUCUCCGCCCCCAAGCAGUUCCGCUCCAAGGAGAUCUCCAAGUCCAAUGUCGUCGACGACAUGGUCGCCUCUAACCCCAUCCUCUACAAGGAGGGCGAGCACCCCGACCACACCGUCGUCAUCAAGUACGUGCCGUUCGUCGGCGACUCGAAGCGUGCCAUGGACGAGUACACCUCGGAGAUCUUCCUCGGUGGCCACAACACCAUCGCCCUGCACAACACCUGUGAGGACUCGCUCCUCGCCGCCCCGCUCAUCAUCGACCUCGUCAUCCUUGCCGAGCUCCUCUCGCGCAUGCAGUGGCGCAUCAAGGGCGAGGAGGAGUACAAGCCGUUCCACCCGGUCGCCUCGGUCCUCUCCUACCUGCUUAAGGCCCCGGUCGUCCCGCAGAACACCCCGGUCGUCAACGCCCUCUUCAAGCAGCGCAUGAUGAUGGAGAACCUCUUCCGUGCCUGCGUCGGCCUCCCCUCGGACAACUUUAUCCACCUCGAGCAGAAGACCAACCCGGCCGACCUCCUCUGAUGGACGAUCCGCCUGUGUGUUGCCUCUCAUUCAUUGAUCACUCUCACUAAACGCGUUGGAAGCGCCC